AGACUGAGCGCUUCCCCUGUCGCGCUUGGGAUAUGCGUCAUCAAUAUGCGACGGAGCUUUUGGCGGUGCGAAAAUAAUAACGAUGACAACUUACUGCCUGUAUUUUUGUUAUCGUAUGCGUUGUUUUUAUACGCUAUCAAUGUAAUAACACUAGAAAAAUGAUUCACGAGUUGCUGUUGGCUUUGAGUGGAUAUCCUGGCACCAUAUUUACCUGGAACAAACGCAAUGGAUUGCAGGUGUCCCAGGACCUGCCGUUCCUUCACCCUAGCGAAACCAGUGUCCUUAAUCGAUUAUGUAAAAUGGGCACUGACUACGUGCGCUUCACAGAAUUCAUAGAGCAACACACGGGUCAUGUUCAUCAACAGGAGCACUAUUCCAGUCAGCCGAGUCAGUCUGGGCUUCAUGGCAUUUACCUGCGGGCCUUCUGUACUGGCCUCCACUCUAUGCUGCAGCCUUAUCGGCAGGCUUUACUGGACCUUGAAAAAGAGUUUCUUGGUGAUCCACACCUCUCUAUUUCUCAUGUCAACUACAUGCUGGAACAGUUUCAGCUUCUCUUCCCAUCUGUUAUGGUUGUUGUUGAGACCAUCAAGUCUCAGAAGAUUCAUGGCUGUCAGAUCCUGGAGACUGUAUACAAGCACAGCUGUGGAGGACUGCCUCCUGUCAGGAUGGCCUUGGAGAAGAUUCUUGCCGUGUGCCAUGGCGUGAUGUAUAAGCAGCUGGCGGCGUGGAUGCUGCACGGGCUGCUGCUAGACCAGAGCGAGGAGUUUUUCGUCAAGCAGGGCCCCAGUGCUGGCGGAGCCACUGCUGCACAGGAGGAGGAUGAGGAAGACCUGGGCAUCGGAGGCCUGAGUGGGAAACAGCUCAGAGAACUGCAGGAUUUGAGACUGAUUGAGGAAGAGAACAUGCUGGCACCUUCCCUCCAGCAGUUCUCCCUGCGUGUGGAGAUGCUUCCCUCAUACAUCCCUGUUCGAGUAGCUGAAAAGAUUCUUUUUGUUGGGGAGUCUGUGCAAAUGUUUGAAAACCACAACCAGAGCCCAUCGCGAGCUGGGUCUAUACUGAAGCAUCAGGAGGACAUGUUUGCAGCCGAGCUCCACAGACUCAAACAGCAGCCUCUCUUUAGCCUGGUGGACUUUGAAAAUCUGGUGGAUGGCAUACGGAGCACAGUUGCUGAGCACUUAUGGACUUUAAUGGUAGAAGAAUCUGAUCUUUUGGGGCAGCUCAAGAUCAUAAAGGACUUUUUCUUGUUGGGGCGAGGUGAACUCUACCAGGUCUUCAUUGACCUUGCUCAGCAUAUGCUGAAAACCCCACCUUCUGCUGUUACUGAACAUGAUGUCAAUGUGGCAUUUCAGCAAGCGGCUCACAAAGUGCUGCUCGACGAUGACAAUCUUUUGCCACUCCUCCACCUCACCAUAGACUACCAUGGAAAAGAAAGCAAAGAGGGUUCUGGGAAUCGAGAGGGCACCACUCCACCUCAGGAGAGCUCUCCUCGUGAAGCUCCGCCCACUGGCUGGGCUGCACUGGGAUUGGCUUACAAGGUUCAGUGGCCUCUGCAUAUUCUUUUCACUCCUGCUGUGUUGGAGAAGUAUAAUGUAGUGUUCCGGUACCUGCUGAGUGUGCGUCGAGUCCAGUCCGAGUUGCAGCACUGCUGGGCUUUGCAGAUGCAGCGCAAGCAUCUCAAAUCAAACCAGACGGAUGCAGUAAAAUGGAGACUCCGCAACCAUAUGGCCUUCCUAGUGGACAACCUUCAGUAUUACCUUCAGGUGGAUGUUCUGGAGUCCCAGUUUUCUCAGCUUUUACAGCAGAUCAACUCCACAAGAGAUUUUGAAAGUAUCCGACUGGCCCAUGACCAUUUCCUCAGCAAUCUGCUGGCACAGUCUUUUAUUCUACUCAAACCUGUGUUCCACUGUCUGAAUGAAAUUUUGGAUCUUUGUCACAACUUUUGUUCUUUGGUCAGUCAGAAUCUUGGGUCUCUGGAUGAGCGAGGAACAGCUCAGCUGGACAUUCUUGUGAAGGGUUUCAGUCGUCAGUCUUUUCUGCUCUUCAAGAUUCUUUCCAGUGUUCGUAACCACCAGAUAAACUCUGACUUGGCACAGCUCCUGUUAAGAUUAGACUACAACAAAUACUACACACAGGCAGGAGGCACACUGGGCAGUUUUGGCUUAUAAAGUUGAUCCUGAAGAUCUGGACACCAGCUUCAGCC